GUAAUGAGCAUGCGUCACGGGGGGCGAAAGGCGAAAGAGAGCGAGCGAACGGAAGGAAAAAAGAAGAAAGAAGUGUGAUGAAAUCGUAAGCAGUGUGCGAAGUCGUUCGAGGUGUUCGAUUAAAACAAACAAGAAAAUUAAUUUAGCUGAAUUAUGUGAAACGACGGGUGCCCCGUUGAAUGGAGUGUGCGACGACCGUGCUACGAGCCUCGAAGGAUGUGCCGGGCCCUUCAACGUCGCGGAGCAGCACCCCGUGAACGAUGGAAGAGUCCGAUCGGACCGAGUCGUCGCCAGUAGGCUUAGGGAGCUACCACGACCACGGCUCCAACGCUGCAGCUGAUCGCCUCGUGGACGGUCUGGCCGACUUGGUGGAUCCGCAGGACGUCGGACACGAGUUUUGGAAGACGUCCGAAGACAUCGCGACCCGCCUCAAAAAGAAACUGCACCUCGGUCGACCACCCCCGAACGGUUGUUCUGUGGCGGCGGCGACGGAGAAACUCAACGGUGUCGUUCACUGGGGCCGCAGCAACUGCGACGAGCCGGCGGUAGCGGCUCGGUCGCCGUGUCACGAGGCCCCGGGCUCGAGUAGCGGUUGCAGUCCAUCCAGUGACUGUCGGUUGGGUGACGAUGUCGUCGUGCCGAGUGCGGUCGACGCGUGGACGCCGUCUGAGGACGGCAUCGACUACGUCGCCUACGAAUCGGAGAAACAGAUGCCGGACAUUAUGCGUCUGUUUCAGAAAGACCUUUCCGAACCCUACUCCAUAUACACGUACCGGUACUUCAUACACAACUGGCCCCGGCUGUGUUUCCUGGCAAUGGACGGGGACGCGUGCGUGGGGGCCAUCGUCUGCAAGCUAGACGUGCACAAGAAGCUGGUCAAGCGGGGCUACAUUGCCAUGCUUGCCGUGGAUGCCAAGUACCGGAAGCGGAAAAUAGGUUCAACACUGGUGCUAAAGGCGAUACGGGCAAUGAUUAGCGACGACGCCGAUGAGGUGGUCCUGGAGACGGAAAUCACCAACAAGCCCGCGCUGCGUCUGUACGAGAACCUUGGCUUUGUGCGCGACAAGCGGCUGUUCCGCUACUACCUGAACGGCGUGGACGCCCUUCGGCUCAAGCUCUGGCUGCUAUGAUCGCUGAGGGAAGGAUGAGGAGCGGCGGGAGUGCAGCGGCGGAGGCUAGCCCUUGGUUUUCCCCCGAAAGCCUGCGUUGUUCUAACUUUCCUCGCCACCUUCGAAGCAACACCUCCACGGUAAACAGGCUGCCGGCGCGCCGCCUGCUGGAAGCUAGCGGGGGACGCGCGUCGGCGUUAGUUCGGGAUCUGCGUUCGACCGGCAAGAGUACUUCACAUCUCCGUCGCACGGACAGCUAAAACGCCGUUCACGCCAAAUGACGUUUCGUGUGGAUGCCGCGUGAUCGGUGCCAAGCGGCGACUCGUAUGGCAUUUGGGCUAAAUGGCACUUGCGCUGAGCUUCGUUUAGCGUGAAUGGCGUUUCAGGUGCUAGUUUGACGGAGGUGUUGGUGGUCUGUUUCAGGUUUAGAAUAGAGGGGCAAGCCCCUCCCAGAAAGCUCUCUGCUCGCCGCGAUUGGUGGAUUUCUCCUUUCCUCUCGCCUUCCCACCAGCGUUCAUUCUGCCAAAGGGGAAAGGGUGAGGGCUUUUGGGAGGGGCUUGCAAUGGCUUGCGGUUAUUCUUACAUUGCAACAGACUACACUCCCAGCCGAACGCCGAUGCACCAUCCGUGUCAACCUGUCCCUCACACUGGCUUCCAGUAGGUGACAUACAAGUUACGGCGUUGCAGCCUUUCUUUCUAGGAGGUGUUGUUCAAAGACAUUGUCUUUGUUGUUUUUUGCGUCGUCAAAGAAAGGCAUUCUAGAGCAAGUCGUCGUUUUCAGGGCGUUGCGAGCACGGACAGUGACGGGAGUUUUCGGAGGGCAAUGAUUUUUUGCGGUAGCGUUUGCGCAUAAUUAAUUUCAUAGUGCCAGAUGCGCCGCGGUGCAGGAUUGGCACGAGGUAAUGUUCGUCACCGAGAACGAGUGUUGGCUAGUAUUUUUUAGAACGAAUGAUCGAACGUGAACAGCCUGAAGACAGGAUUGAGUUUCAACGGUGGCAGCUUUCGAUAAAGGCUAGUCUGCUUCUUUUUUUUUUUUCUGUGCCGAUGGAUCCCCUAAAACUAAAGAUUGGAAUUCGAUUUUAAUUUUUUUAUUUCACUCUCGCGUAAGCUUUGUCUAGUGGAAUAGUGACAGCAGAGGCAGAAAGCGGCAUUUCAAAAGCGCUCGCUUGAAACACGUGUGUGUUGAGGUCCGCCGAAGUCGUCUGGAGAUUUCUAUUGUAUGCAAUUUGCUCGCGUUGGAUCGGCAGUCCGUAUUUCUGGGGGUCAGCUUGCACGGAUGUCGUUGCCACCGACUAAGCGGUCGUCGUCGUCGUCCCUUUUCUUUUCUUUUUUUUUUGUUUGUUUUGUUUUAAAAUUCCGCUUUGCGCCGCAGGGGCCGCACUUGCCAAGAAAGUGUUCUGGUCGUAAUACGAAGGUCGCCCUUUUCCCCCCGUCGGGCGGUUUUUGUCGCUGGUGCGGAAUAGAAGUUAUAAGCCUGUUUCCUGGAAGUUUAAUAAAAUUUAAGUAUGUA